AUGGCAAAUAGAGCUGAAGACCCAGAGCACAAUGAAGAAAUCAGCACCCGUGAACAUGAACAGGGGAGCCACCCCAAACUCCCCCCACUGGGCGAGCAGAAUGCCAAGACCCAAGCAGUCAUUUCAGAGCUGGACAACAGGAAAAGAGGUCUCAAGCAGAGACAUAUUCAAAUGAUAGCUCUGGCCGGAACAAUCGGCACUGGUCUUUUCCUUGCGACAGGGAAGUCGUUGGCAAGGGGUGGACCCCUCAGCAUGUUGAUAGCGUAUCUGAUUGUGGGAAUACUCAUCUGUUUCGUGGUCUUCUCCGUGGCUGAGCUGAGUGCUCUGGCACCACUUUCAGGUGGAAUCAUCCGACACGCGGAAUGGUUCGUGGACCCCGCGCUGUCAUUUGCACAGGGGUGGAAUAGUGUGUAUGCGAAUGCCAUCUUGUUACCGGCGGAAAUGGUGGCUUGUGCUGUUAUCAUUGAUUUUUGGUCGCAUAUCAAUCAUGCUGUAUGGAUCAGUGUGUUGGGUGGACUUUUGAUUGGUACCAAUAUGCUGCUGGUCAGUAUAUAUGGUGAGUUGGAAUUCAUCUUUGCCAUGAUGAAGAUUGCAUUGAUUGUUGGUGUCAAUAUCCUGAGCAUUUGCAUUACAUCUGGCGCAGGCCCAAAAGGCUACCCCAUCGGGUUCCGGUUUUGGAGAGACCCCGGUCCCUUCGUCCAAUUUCUUGGAAUACCCGGCUCAUGGGGGCAAUUUCUUGGAUUCUGGCGUGUUCUGAGCAGUGCAGCAUAUGCAUUUUCAAACGUGGAAAACAUUUCAGUCGCAGCUGCUGAGACACAAAACCCACGAUAUAACAUUCCGAAAGCUGCCAAAAGAGUGUUUCUGAGAAUUUUGAUAUUCUACUUGAUCACCAUUUUCAUGAUGGGCUUGGUCGUUGCGUCCAAUGACCCGGGCUUGUUGGCAGACUCUGGAGAUGCAGGAGCCUCCCCAUUCGCAAUUGCGGCUACCAACGUAGGAAUAAAAGCGGUACCAUCGAUCAUCAAUGCUGUUGUUGUGACAAGUGCAUGGAGUGCUGCGAAUUCCGCAAUGCUUGUCGGGACCAGGACGCUAUACGGUCUCGCACAAGAGGGCCACGCCCCGAGAAUCUUGACUCGCCUUAAUCGAUUCGAGGUCCCUUGGCUGUCAGUUGCCGCCGUUGGAUCUUUCCUCGCCCUGGGUUAUAUGACCCUCUCGUCAGCAGCUUCAGUUGUUUUCGACUGGCUUCAGCAGUUGGUUUCUGCCGCUUCCUUGGUGCAUUGGAUAAACAUUGAGAUCAUCUACCUUCGUUUCUAUUAUGGCUGUAAGAAGCAAAACAUCGACCGCAAUGAGCUACCUUGGCAAUCCCCAUUCCAACCAUACGCAGGCUGGAUUUCUUUGAUUGGGUUCGCGAUUAUCCUGAUCACUGGCGGAUUCUACGUUUUCAUAGACGGGAACUGGAGUCCUCAAACCUUUGUGUCAUCUUACUUCAACAUCCCGUUGAUCUUCGUUUUGUACUUCGGCUACAAGUUCUGGCAGAAGACUCGACUUGUUCCCUUGAACGAAAUCCCGAUUCGGGGAUUCCUGCAACUUGCAGAUGAUACUCCGGAGGAUAUACCGCCUCCAACUACUGGGUGGAGGAAGUUAAAUAUUCUUUGGGGGUGA